AUGGCGACGACCGUGGGCACCUGCGACUCCGUAAUAGCGGAAAUCAAGACCUCUAUGGAACAGGCGGGUUUCUUUUAUGACGUGAACAACACAGUGAGCUGUGCCUGCAAAGCCACCACUUCCAACACAAGCGAUGUUUUGGCGCAAUUGCCGUUCACCAACAACGGGUUCUACGUUCAAUGCAACUUUUGUCCGCAAUGCGACGCUACGGGUGUUUGCGCCGAUCGAUCUAUCAUCUUUGAAACAUUUGAAGAUGAAACCACCAGAGGAUUUGAUGGGCUCGUGUUCCGAGAAGAUUGUUUCACUUACACUAGCGGGCGGCCCUCGGAUACGGUUUGCACCCAAGACUAUUUUGAUUUUGAUUUGGGAUAUCAAGUGUGUAACACCACCGUAAAUGACAACCAAUGCAGUAGUUGUGCAUAUGAGCGUUGCGAUGCAAAUGAUGAAUUUAGUAGGAAGCCAAUGAGAAUGGAUUGCAGCAAUCAACCUGGUGGAGAAGUCUUUCACCCAUGCACCUUUGCCGAGGAUGGCAAAAUUGUCAGAGGAAGCAAUCUCAGUGGUGUUUUCACCAUUUGGAACGAAGACUUUUUGUGCGUCGACGGACCUACAAUGCCAACCAUCAGUGAAGGAAACAUUAUCCCCGCUCUGGAUAUGUCAUGGGUUGGUGUGUUGACCGCGCUUCUAUGGUGGGCCCUCUGA